CUCGGCGAUCUUGAUGGUCCUGCCAAGGCGAACGACGAGUCUCGGGUCAAAAAGUCCGAGCCUCGAUCGUCGUUCAACCUUCCAACACGAAUCCCUCUUGACUAUAGCUCACUCGGAGGGCCGAAUAUACGUCACCAGUUUGUACUACCGGUAUCCUUGGCAAGAUGCAAAGUUUGCCUCGGCCAGCGGGUUCGAUAAUUCGCCUGACACGGGCUUUACGACAUCCGAGGUCUAUCCGGAUUCUAGCUCGGAAUGCACGACCGGCCUCGCCUUCUUCUGCAAGGCUCGCUUCCUCAUCCAAUAUCAUCCCUUCUUCAAGACACCUCUAUCGAGAUUCUAGUUCUACACCUGCCCGGAAUUACAGCUCUGCAGCUGCGCAUCAAAGCAGGACAUUGGGAGAAACAUCAACCGCACCACCUCCCGUCUCCGAGCCAGGGUUGGAAGGCUGGGAGACGGUCAUCGGGUUAGAAAUCCACGCUCAGAUCCGGACGGAUCACAAGUUGUUUUCGGCGAGUAGGACUUCGUUCGAGGAGGAACCGAAUACGAACGUCGUACCUUUCGAUGCCGGGUUCCCGGGGACUUUGCCGGUCUUGAAUCGACAAGCGGUAGAUCUAACCGUCUCAACGGCACUAGCCUUGAAUUGCACGAUAAAUCCCAGGUCGACGUUUGAUAGGAAACACUACUUUUACCACGAUAUUCCGGCUUCAUACCAGAUCACGCAACAUUACAACCCGAUUGCUACGGAGGGUAAAAUCGAAUUAUCACCCGACCUCGACCCUACGCUCGAUCGGGAUGUAACCGUUAGGAUCCAACAAAUCCAGAUCGAACAGGAUACGGCCAAGACGACAAAGCUCGCGGAUGGGAGCACCCAUAUCGACUUGAAUCGAGCGGGGAUGGGGUUGAUGGAGAUCGUUACCGAGGCGGAUAUGAGAUCUCCUAAGGAAGCCGGUGCUUUCAUUCGGAAACUGCAAGCUCUGUUGAGGAGGAUCAAGGCUAGCGAUGGUGACAUGGAAAAGGGCUCGAUGCGAGUCGACGCAAACGUGUCCAUUCACAGAACCGGGACCCCGUUCGGGACUCGUUGUGAGAUCAAGAACUUGAAUAGUGUUAGAUUUAUGAUGGCAGCACUAGACAAUGAACGGAGACGACAUCUCAAGCAUUACCUCGACAAACCGGAUGUACCGCUGAGACAAGAGACGAGAGGAUUCGACGAGGCCAAGGGAGAGACGUUUACCCUGCGGACGAAAGAGGAAGCCGAGGAUUAUCGGUACAUGCCGGAUGGGAACCUUGGACCCAUCGUGAUCUUACCGGGAUAUCUCGAAAGUAUCCGUCGGAGUCUGCCGGAACUGCCUGACGACGUCCGUAGACGCCUGCCGGAGCAGUACGGAGUCUCGCUGGCCGACACCGAAGUGCUGCUUUCGAUGGACGAUGUCGAAGGGUCCGGAGUCGCGUAUUUCGAAGAAGUCGUAGGCAACGACCAGUCUCGUGAUGGCAAGCAAGCUGUCAACUGGAUCGUCAACGAGUUACUAGGCAGACUCGCUCGAAAGAACGAGAUCUGGACAUGGGAUCGGGUGCCACCUCAGACCCUGAGCAGUUUGCUUGCAUUAGUGGAAACUGGCGAAAUGACAGGCACCGCCGCAAAGAAUUUACUCAAGCAUUUGCUUGAGCAAGCUACUAUCACUGCCGAUACCGACAUCAAGCUCUUGGCCACUCAGAUGGGCCUUGUCGCUGCGGGAGAUUCUGGAGCGGACACCCUAGCCGAACUGUGUCGUGCCGUCAUUGAAAAGCUCCCUGCAGAAGCUGAAUCGGUGCGAAAAGGCAAAGAAAAGGUCGUCAUGCGUCUCGUAGGUCAGGUCAUGAAGGACAGCAAGGGUACAGCGGAUGCGAAGAAGGCUCGCGAAGUGCUGCUAUCGAUGCUUGUAGGCGAAGCCAGCUCUUAGAGCGCCAUGAAGACGUUACGAUCGAGCGUCUUUGUUGUCGCGAUCAUGUCCUCUCCGACCGCCGCGACUAGUUGAGAAGCCAUCUCGAGGCCUUGUGAAGGACGUCGGAAGGGUACGGACUGAGACAGUGCCUUUCAGCCAUCGCAUUGCGGCCACACAUAUUUAUCAGUUGUCUUACCUUGAGGAGCACGAGCUGGUCUCCGAGAAAGACGGCCAGAUUCCUCAACGUUUCCUUGCUGACAGUCUGGGGCUCUCGGAAACCUGGCGGCGGAGGUU